AUGCGAUUUUUCUUUUUCUGUUAUGAUAAUUCUGAUAUAAAUCAUUCUCUUUUUCUUUUGUCUUCGUUGUCCUUUUCUUAUUUUUCAAUUUAUUUGUUUUUCUUUUUUCCCUUUUUUUUCCUCAAAAACGUUCUCACACCUUUCUCCCUUCUUUAUUUUCGCUCUUCUUUCUUUCUUUCUUUCUUUCUUUUUCAUCUUUCGUUUUUCUUAUUGCUUCUUUUCUUUUUCUCUUCUACAAUUUCAAUCACAUUCCUCCAUUAUUUUCUUUCUUUUCUUUUCUUUCUUUUCGUUUCUUUCUUUUCGUUUCUUUCUUUCUUUCUUUCGUUUUCAACAUUCGAGUUUCUUAUUGCUUCUCUGUUUUUUCUCUUCUACAAUUUCAAUCGCAUUCGUCCAUUAUUUUCUUUCUUUCCGUUACUUUUCUUUCUUUCUUUUUCAUCCUUCGCGUUUCUUAUUGCUUCUUUUUGUUUUUCUCUUCUACAAUUUCGUCCAUUAUUUUCUUUCUUUCUUUUCUUUUCUUUUCGUUUCUUUUCUUUCUUUCUUUCUUUCUUUCUUUCUUUCUUUCUUUCAUUCGUUUUUAUCCUUUGUGAUUCUUAA